CGUGGUGUGAACUGAGCAUAGACGAGUGUGUGUCGAACCCGUGCCAAAACGGCGGGAGCUGCGUGGAUGGUCCCAAUCGAUACCAAUGCUUAUGUGCUGGAGGCUUCAUGGGUUUCCAUUGCGAGACCAACUUUGAUGAAUGCAUGUCGGGCCCCUGUCUUCACGGGAGGUGCAUUGAUGGAGUGGAUGUGUAUUACUGUCAGUGUGAAUUGGGAUGGACUGGUGCCAGAUGUGAAAUGAACAUUGAUGAGUGUUCUUCCAGUCCGUGUCUGAAUGGUGGCUCCUGUGUGGACUUGAUUGAUAAAUAUGCGUGUUUCUGCCUGGAUGGAUACACUGGAAAGAACUGUGACAUUGACAUAGACGUCUGUCUCGAAACCCCCACCAAUGUCACCCUGUGUUUAAAUGGAGGGACUUGUCUCGAUGGCCAAGGCUCCAAUUUCACCUGCAGUUGUCCAGCAGGUUUCAUAGGGGACUUCUGUGAGAUGGACGUUAAUGAAUGCUGUUCAGAUCCAUGUCUCCACGGGGCUAUCUGCCGAGACCUGCUUAACGGAUACCUCUGUCACUGCAGGGCAGGUUGGACAGGCCUUCACUGUGAGUUGGACAUUAAUGAGUGCCUUCCGCAGCCCUGCAACCAAGGGAUGUGCAUCCAGAACGAGCCUGGCUACGGCUACACCUGUUUCUGUCGUCCUGGAUUUGUGGGGAGGAACUGUGAGCACAAUUACGAUGACUGCCUGCUCCAGCCGUGUCCGGGAGGAUCCUCCUGUGUUGAUGGUAUCAACGAGGUCAGCUGUCAGCCAGUCGAGGGAGACAUGUCCUCUGUGCCCUGGGAGCCUUCUAUGACACAAACCCCUCGGGGAUCCCUGCUCACCACGUCACCAAUGUCACCAGUGUCACCGUACAGUGAACAACCAACAGACUCCAGCUACGUCCAGUACUCUGGUAAUUCCUACUUGGAGUUUGAGGGCAUAGACCUUGGUGCCAACAACAACAUCACUGUGAGGUUUCAGACCCAGGAGGCCCAGGGGACCAUCCUGUACGUUGACCAAGGAGCAGUGACCAGGGGCUUCUUUUUCAUGAAACUCUUCAUCCAGGAGGGAAUGCUACAGUAUGUCUUCUCCUGUAACCGAGAGGAAGGGAUCAGAAGGAUCAAUACAUUCAUCCGUGUUGACGACGGCAAUCCAUACAUCGUCUACGUCAGACAACAACUGGCGCCAUGCGAAGCGGAGGUGGUCGUGUCUGGGUAUGAGAGAGUCAGAAGCCAGCCCAGCAACUACUGGUCAGGACUCACCAUACAGAGAACGAGCCAUCUGUUUAUAGGGGGCUUGCCUCGUCGAUACCUGCCAUAUCAGGGAGCCCAACCCUUCUCCAACUACACCGGCUGCGUAGAAAUAAUUGAAAUUAAUAAGCUGCGGGGAUUCUACACAUCCAGUGCCGUUGCCGGCAGCAACGUAGACGACUGCAGGUAA